ACAAACAGUUCUGUGAGGCUCAAAAAUCUUUUUCCUUCUGCAAAUUCCAAUUUGAUCGCCGGCCGUUGAUCGCCGAAGAACCAAAAUGAAAUUGAAUUGGGGUUUUUAGUUGAUAAGUUUGGCGUAUUAAGCUUGAAUUUUGUUGCUGCUCGUAAUCGAAUUCCGGUAUGGAUCCAGGGAGGCAGGUCUUCACGGUUGAUCUUCUAGAAAGGUAUGCGGCGAAGGGGCGUGGAGUAAUCACAUGUAUGGCUGCUGGAAACGACGUCAUUGUAUUGGGAACUAGCAAGGGAUGGGUCAUCCGCCAUGAUUUUGGGGUCGGCGAUUCGUAUGAUAUUGAUCUUUCUGCGGGUCGUCCGGGUGAUCAGUCCAUCCAUAGAGUUUUUGUUGAUCCUGGUGGGAGCCAUUGUAUUGCCACAGUUGUUGGUAGUGGGGGUGCAGAUACCUUUUAUACUCAUGCAAAAUGGAGUAAGCCCCGUCUCUUAAGCAAAUUAAAAGGGAUUGUUGUGAAUGCUGUAGCCUGGAAUAGACAGCAGAUCACAGAAGCUUCUACAAAGGAAGUAAUUCUCGGUACAGACAAUGGACAACUUUAUGAGAUUGCAGUGGAUGAGAAGGAUAAAAAGGAGAAGUAUAUAAAGUUUUUGUUUGAAAUGGUAGAACUUCCUGAAGCCUACACGGGUCUGCAGAUGGAAACUACUAGCAUACCGAGUGGAACUAGAUACUAUAUCAUGGCUGUCACUCCCACAAGACUUUAUUCUUUUACUGGUUUGGGAUCAUUGGAGACUGUUUUCGCUGGUUAUUUGGAUCGAGCUGUGCAUUUCAUGGCACUUCCUGGCGAUAUUCCAUACAGUGAGUUGCAUUUCUAUAUUAAGCAAAGAAGAGCUGUACAUUUUGCAUGGCUUUCUGGUGCUGGUAUUUAUCAUGGUGAUCUUAACUUCGGAGCGCAACACAGUUCUUCAAAUGGAGAUGAAAACUUUGUAGAAAAUAAGGCUCUUUUCAUAAAUUCAAAAUUAUCUGAUGGUGCUGAAGCAGUGAAACCCAUUUCAAUGGCUCUGUCUGAAUUUCAUUUCUUGCUUCUUGUGGGAAACAAGGUUAAGGUUGUAAACAGAAUUAGUGAGCAAAUUAUAGAGGAACUUCAGUUUGAUCAAACAUCAGAAUCAGUUUCAAGGGGUGUCAUUGGGCUGUGCAGCGAUGCCACUGCUGGACUGUUUUAUGCGUAUGACCAAAACUCUAUUUUUCAGGUGUCGGUCAAUGAUGAAGGUCGAGAUAUGUGGAAGGUCUAUCUUGACAUGAAGGAGUAUGCUGCAGCAUUAGCAAAUUGCCGCGACCCACUCCAGAGGGACCAAGUUUAUUUAGUGCAAGCUGAAGCUGCCUUUGCUUCCAAGGAUUAUCUCAGAGCAGCAUCUUUCUAUGCCAAAAUUAACUACGUAUUGUCAUUUGAGGAGAUUACUCUGAAGUUUAUUACUGUGAGCGAACAGGAUGCUUUGAGAACUUUUUUACUGCGAAAGAUUGAUAAUCUUGCAAAAGGAGAUAAGUGCCAAAUAACAAUGAUAUCAACUUGGGCAACUGAAUUAUACUUGGACAAGAUAAAUCGUCUACUCUUGGAAGAUGACACUGCUUUGGAUAACCAUAGUUCAGAGUACCGAUCAAUAAUAAAAGAGUUCUGUGCUUUUCUAAGUGACUGCAAGGAUGUGUUGGAUGAGGCAACUACAAUGAAACUUUUAGAGAGUUAUGGCCGAGUUGAAGAGUUGGUGUUUUUUGCCAGUUUAAAGGAGCAGUAUGAAAUUGUAAUUCAUCAUUACAUACAGCAAGGAGAAGCAAAGAAAGCAUUGGAAGUGCUUCAGAAACCAUCUGUUUCUUUAGAUCUUCAGUACAAGUUUGCCCCAGACCUGAUCAUGCUUGAUGCUUAUGAAACCGUGGAGUCAUGGAUGACAACAAACAAACUCAACCCACGGAAACUGAUUCCUGCAAUGAUGCGUUACUCAAGUGAACCUCAUGCAAAGAACGAAACUCAUGAAGUUAUUAAAUAUUUGGAAUACUGUGUUCAUCGCUUGCAUAAUGAGGACCCCGGAGUUCACAAUUUGCUUCUCACUCUGUAUGCCAAGCAGGAAGAUGAUAGUGCAUUAUUGCGAUUCCUACAAUGCAAAUUCGGAAAAGGGCGGGAAAAUGGUCCUGAUUUCUUUUAUGAUCCGAAGUAUGCCUUACGUCUUUGCCUCAAGGAAAAGCGCAUGCGUGCUUGUGUUCAUAUAUACAGCAUGAUGUCUAUGCAUGAAGAAGCAGUUGCUCUUGCUCUACAGGUUGACCCAGAGCUUGCAAUGGCUGAAGCUGAUAAGGUUGAGGAUGACGAAGAUCUGAGGAAGAAACUUUGGCUAAUGGUAGCCAAACAUGUUAUUGAACAGGAAAAGGGAGCUAAAAGGGACAACAUACGCAAGGCCAUAGCAUUUCUCAAGGAAACUGAUGGUCUUUUGAAGAUAGAAGACAUAUUGCCAUUCUUUCCAGACUUUGCCUUAAUUGAUGACUUUAAGGAGGCAAUAUGCUCAUCAUUAGAGGAUUACAACAAGCAAAUUGAACUACUGAAAGAGGAGAUGAAUGAUGCAACACAUGGUGCUGACAACAUCAGAAAUGAUAUCAGUGCACUUGCACAGAGAUAUGCUGUGAUUGAAUGUGAAGAGGAAUGCGGGGUAUGUAAGCGUAAAAUAUUAACGGCAGGUAGGGAUUAUCAAACACGUGGCUACACAUCAGUGGGACCAAUGCCACCUUUCUAUGUCUUUCCAUGUGGACACGCCUUUCAUGCUCAGUGCUUAAUUGCCCACGUGACCCGUUGUACAAAUGAAACUCAAGCAGAGUACAUACUGGACCUACAGAAGCAAAUUACAUUACUUGGUGGGGAGACCAGGAGAGAUUCAAAUGGUAGUCUAACAGAAGAAUCCAUAUCCAGCAUGACUCCUGUAGAUAAGCUUCGGUUGCAGUUGGACGAUGCCAUAGCAAGUGAAUGCCCAUUUUGUGGAGAGUUGAUGAUUCGUGAGAUAUCUUUGCCUUUUAUACUCCCUGAGGAAGCAUAUCAGAUUACUUCAUGGGAGAUAAAACCACAUAAUCUUACAAAUUUGAGGUCUCUUUCUUUGCCUUUGUGAUCAUAUUCUAUUCAUGUUCUCUGUGUGGUCAUAAGCUCUUACCUUGCUUGUUGAGGAGCUUUUCGUGUUUCUUCAUAUUUGUAUUAUUUUAGGUGUGAAAUUGGUUCAUGAAAAUGCCUUUUUUUUUUUGGCUUUCUAAUAUAUUAUUAUUUUGCAUCCUUCGUUGGGUGGAUUGUUUUUUUUCGUCCAUCUUUCUCGAACUGGCUCGUUGGUAGAUUGUAAUUAUCAAAUGAUUUUGGUUUUGUAAUUACAACCCUUCAUGAAUUCUCUUGUAUGUAACAUUUAUUUAUACAAAUAACGAUGAAAAACAAAGAGUGGCAUUUCAUAUUUUUACUGCAA